AUGGUUUACAUUCCUUUCCACAGCAAGCGCGUUGAUUCCCAAGUUUUGGGUUCGGCUGCUUCCACCGACCUUACUGUCUGGCUUUUCUUUGAGAUCGCCGGAGACCAGAUACUCCUGCCCCUGCUAGUUCUUACUUUUCUCUGCUCCCGCACUGGGAAACGACAUCCGACCGUGGUCAACGUCUGUGCGACCUGUAUCAUCACCGGCGUCGUCUCUUUGCUUCUGUUUUACAAUGGCCAGCAAGUUGGACCUGAACCAGAAAGGGGCCUAUGCAUCGCGCAGAUGGCGUUGAUCUCCCCGGUCCCGCCUAUGACUUCCGUUGCCGCACUUGCACUCGUGUACUACAUAUGGUCUACAUUCCGACAAUCCAAGGUGAACAGGGGGCCAAGGGCGCCGAUGAGCCAUCUGACUACUAUCUGCCUGCUCAUUGCCCCUUACAUCACGCACGUCUGCUUUGCAGCCGUCGCUCUGCGUCUUGGUCUACAGCAUCCAGAGAAAGUGAAUCGCUCACGGAGAUUUUUCUAUUGCUCCCUUCACGAGGAUUCUUACAACGACGUUAUGAUUAUCUUCACAGCAGUGGUUUGUCUUAUCGCCGCUGCCCUCCAAGUACACCUGGUGGUGAUGCUAUCACGUAAUUGGACGGCUCUUCGCCGUGCGGGGCUCAGCACUGGCGUUGAUAUUCACUUGACUAUACGUGUCGGGGUGUUUAUACUCUACACCAUGCUUGCGUCAGGGGUCACUCUGGUGACUUUCUCUCCUGCUGCUAAUGCCACUAGUGUACUCCCUGACAUGUUUGCUGCUUCUAUCGGCACGAUGCUCUUCCUGAUAUUCGCCUCACAACCGGACGUCAUUCGCACGUGGUCGCGCAUCCUCCUCUGCCCCUUCACUCUCUGCGGUCUCUUCAGGGAGCCCAGGACGCUGCCUCCAUCUCGUGCUCCGACACCGCUGCCUUCGUUCGACGACAAUCUUCUCGAGCGUACUGACAGCGACGCGAGCGAGAAAGCGCGCCUUGCCGCACUACACGCGUACUUCAAGGCGCGGGUCAACAUCGUCGGCUGCAAUGUAGAGGUCAUCAAGCGGCCAGAGGACGCCUUUACCGUCGAGAGGGUGCCUAUACGAAUAUAG